AUGGCUUCACACAUGAUGCUGAACGUCCGUCAGGCUAUUCGCUGUCAGGCAGCUCCUCGACAGCUCACUACCCGCUGCCUAGGGACUUUCAGGGUCCCUCCAAUUCGAAAUGAACCUAACCCCACCUACGCAAAGGGUUCCCUGGAGCGCCAAAAGUUGCAGGAAGCUCUUGAUAGCCUCAAGCAGCGUCUUCCCAUCAGGGUUCCGCUAAAGAUCAGUGGCCAGACAGUCGCCUCCAAAGCCACUGGCUCUCAACCCAUUCCCUCCGCCCAUGCCACUACCCUCGCCGAAUAUGCUACAGCGACCCCUGACCAGGUGUCGGAAGCGAUCGAGAAGGCCAUGGCCGCGAAAGAGGAUUGGGCCAACACUUCAUUUGAGAACCGAGCGGCCGUGUUUCUCCGAGCAGCGGAGCUGAUUGCUGGAAAGUACCGCUACGAGAUCAUGGCCGCCACUAUGCUCGGGCAGGGUAAGAACAUUUGGCAGGCCGAGAUCGACUCAGCUGCCGAGAGUUGUGAUUUCUACAGAUUCAACGUGCACUAUGCCGCUGAGCUGUAUAAGCAGCAGAACACAAUGAACGAUGCCGGAGUCUGGAACAAGAUGGAGUACCGCCCCCUCGAAGGCUUCGUUUACGCUAUCAGCCCCUUCAACUUCACAGCCAUUGGCGCCAACCUGACUGCUGCACCAGCCAUCAUGGGUAACGUCGUUAUCUGGAAGCCGUCCGAUAGCGCCAUCUAUGCUGGCUACGUACUUCAGAAGGUCCUCGAGGAAGCUGGUCUCCCAGAUGGUGUCAUUCAGUUCCUCCCCGGUGACGCCGAGAAGGUCACAAAGGCUGUUCUUGAGCACUCCAAGUUUGGUGCUCUUCACUUUACAGGCUCUACUGAUGUCUUUCGUGAUCUCUACGGCAAGAUCGGUGACGGAAUCCGGUCCGGUCUCUACGAGAGCUACCCUCGUGUUAUUGGAGAAACUGGCGGAAAGAACUUUCACCUUAUCCACACCAGCGCUGAUAUCCGGAAUGCUGUUGUCAACACCGUCCGUGGAGCCUUCGAAUACCAGGGACAAAAGUGCUCUGCUACGUCUCGCCUUUAUGUUCCCGAGUCUAUCUGGCCCAAGUUUAAAGAGGAGCUGGUCGCAGAGACGGAGAAGCUCCAGGUCGGACCCCCCGAGGACUUCAAGAACUUCAUUGGCCCUGUCAUCCACAAGCGGUCCUGGGAGAAGCUUAACAAGGUCAUCCAGGACGCCAAGGCAGACAAGGAUGUCGAGCUCCUUGCCGGCGGCUCUACUGAUAAGUCCAAGGGUUGGUAUAUCCAGCCCACUAUCUUCCAAACCAGGAAUCCUUCGCACAACCUCAUGAAGAAUGAGCUAUUUGGUCCUAUCCUCUCCGUCUACGUAUACCCAGAUGCCGAAUAUAAGCAGACUAUGGAGUUGAUCGACAGGUCUACCAAGUUUGCCCUUACCGGCGCCGUCUUUGCCCGCGACCGAACCGCCAUCGCUAAAGCCGAGAAGGCUCUUCGACAGUCGGCUGGUAACUUUUAUGUUAACUGUAAGAGCAGUGGCGCCGUUGUUGGUCACCAGCCUUUCGGAGGCGGCCGGGCUUCGGGCACCAACGAUAAGGCCACCAGCACUAACCUCCUAUCUCGUUUCACAAGCAUCAGGAGUAUGAAGGAAGAUUUAAUUGGUGCCGACGAGGUCGAGUACCCUUCUAACGAGGUAUAA